AUGGCUAUUGAGACUCGUCACUUCAUUCGGAGUCGCAUUCUUGUAAAUGUGGACAUCUUCAGUCGGGAUCGUAUGAAUUUAACCGCUGAAAAAAAUUGGACGAUUGCUAACAUCUAUGCCGAAGUGUGCGAUUGCCUUGGGAUUCCGGAGUCCAGGCUAUUUGGUCUUGCAAGGCAAUCAGAUUACGGUUUUGUGUUCUUGGACCCAGAAGCGCGGAUAUCAUCUUUGGACAGGAAACCUGCCGUCAGGCACAUAAGCCUCAUUUUCUCCCAUAACAAACAAAAGUAUUCGGUGUCCAAGACUGCUGCUAUCCCGAAUGGAGGAGGAGAAGCAAUCUUACUUUUUCUUCGUGUUCACUUCUACGUCCCGAAUCACUGUCUUCGCGGGAGAGUUGUUCGACACCUCUAUUACGAACAGCUGAAACUCAAUAGUCAAAAUUACGGCCUCACCUGCAGUGAUGAGGUCUAUUUUCAACUUGCUGCUUUUUCGAUCAAAAUAUACCUGCUGGCGAGGCGACAUUCCAGUGAGCGUACGACCCCUACCACCUUUAAUGAGAGCAACCUCAAACUCAAUGACCACUUUCCAUCGUUCAUGAUCGAGAGCUAUGGAAGUGGCUACCUCUAUGCCAGCAUCCCAAACCUUCUCGGCCCAUUGGAAGGUCAGGGUCGCGAGACUCUCGAAUGGCGCUUUAUUCGUCUGGCCUCGGAUCCUUCCUCCAAUUUUAACCUUCAUCUCUAUCCAGUGUCGUUAUUGGACAUAUCUCACAGCCCGGCUGCUACCUCCUCCUCCACUACGAUUACUGUGCUUAGUUCACCCCUCCUACCUGUGUCUCGACUACGACGUUCACACAGCGGUCGAUCAAGCAUCCUUCCACCGUCUGGAAAGGGUACCUUCUGGCUUGGAAUUGGACCUAACGGAUUUGAAUUUCACGAGGUGGGUCAUAUCCCUGAAUAG